UAUAGAGUAAUUAAGUGUAACCCAUUCUUCAACCAUGUUUGGGUCUUCUGAAAUCCCAGAUUGUGAUUAUCAAAACCAACCCAGUUUAGUUCGCCCAUGGAGCCCAACCCCAAGACAUAGUCUUUAUCUCUCCAACCUUGAUGACCAGAAGUUUCUGAGGUUCUCCAUUAAAUAUGUAUACCUUUACAGGAAAUCAGUAAACGUAGAAAACCUGAAGUGUUCUCUGUCACGGGUUCUUGUCGAUUACUAUCCUUUAGCAGGGAGGUUAAGGAUUAGUGCAGAAGAUGAAGGAAAAUUCGAGGUUGAUUGUAAUGGAGAAGGUGCUCUGUUCGCCGAAGCUUUCAUGGAUUUUACGGCUGAAGAAUUCCUAGAAGCUUCAAGGCGACCGAACCGGUCUUGGAGGAAACUCUUGUAUAGGGUGGAAGCCCGAAACUUAUUGGAUAUCCCUCCUCUCCUGAUUCAGGUGACAAAUCUUAAUGGCGGAGGAAUGAUUCUAUGCACUGCAAUCAAUCACAGCCUUUGUGAUGGGAUCGGCACAUCUCAAUUCUUGCAAGCAUGGGCCCACCUCACGACCAAGUCCAGUGAUCCUCUCCCUAUCUCACCAUUCCACGAUCGCCACAUGUUGAGACCAAGAAACCCUCCAGACAUAACAUUCACACACCCGGAAUACAACACCACCACCACCACCACCACCACCGGCACCGGAAUUCAGUCUCAAUGGCUGGAAGAGGUGCUUCAAUCCCAGUCACAGUCACUCGUCCCCAUAAGCUUAACUUUCAGCCCCUCUCAGAUCCUUCACCUCAAGAGGCUCUGUGUGCCAUCGCUCAAAUGCACUUCAUUCGAGGUCUUGGCAUCGCACACAUGGCGAUCGUGGAUUCAAUCCCUAAGCCCACCACCAUCUCUGAAGAUAAAGCUCUUGUUCUCUGUGAAUGUAAGGAAAAGAUUGAAGCCAGAGCUACCAAGGGGUUAUUACGGCAAUGGGUUCGUGCUAGGGUGUGCUGAGACGACGGUGAAGGAAUUGGUGGGAACUAAUUACCCUAACAUCCACCAUGGAGUGAAACUAGUGCAAGAAGCCAAGGCGGUGCUCACAGAAGAAUACAUAAGGUCCAUGAUCGAUUAUCUAGAGGAGAGACGUGUGAAACCAGACUUAUCCAUGAGUUUCGUGAUAUCUCAAUGGGCGAAAUUAGGGUUAGAGGAUUUGGAUUUUGGGGAAGGAAAGCCUAUCCACAUGGGUCCCUUAGCUAGUGAGAUCUACUGCAUUUUCUUGCCGCUCGUCGGUGACUUGGAUGGGGUUCGUGUAUUGGUGUCGGUACCGGAGAGUGUUGCAGAGAAAUUUGAGUACUACAUGAAGGAUUUCACCCACAGAGAAGAGGAAGAAGAAGAAAUUAGGGAGAAUGGAAGAGAUGAAAUCCAAACUUUCUUGCAUUGUAAUUGA